AUGAUUCAUUAUUCUAUUUUAUUAGUGUUUUUCCUAUGUGUUACGUCCUCGUACGCGGCUAAUAAAGUUGUCCCAGUAAAUGUCAUUUGUGGAAGAGCCAAAAAUCCUUCAUUUUGUUCAAAUCUUCUCAAUCCAAAAUCUGGCGCAGACCUUGUUACUCUUUCACAAUACACAAUUGAUGUGACUCGUGCCGAUAUGACCAACACGGUGAAAUUAAUCAAUACGUUGAUCAAACAAAGUGCAAGUAAUGUCAAAGCAUCAAACCAUUACAAUUUGUGUUUGAAAUUAUUUGUUAACGAUGGAGGUGCUCUUUUUGUGCUUGAUAACGUUCAAAGAGUUUUGAAGGAGGGAAAUUAUCAUCUCAUGAAUGUUGGAGCAAAUGAUAUCGCAGCUGAUAUUAAUCGUUGCAUUAAUGAUCCUAAUUUUAGAGAUACUUCUUCCCUUCCAAGGUCCGCAGGAAAGGCAUUGCAAGAUGAUCAAGUUAUUCAAACUUUAUCAACUUUUUUGAUGUCUAAUUAA